GAUUCUUUUUAUUUUAAAAGAGCUUUAUUGAGACAUAAUUUACAUACCAUAAAUUUCAUCCAUUUAAAAUGUACGAGUCAUGGGUUUUGGGUAUACUCACAGCCUUGUACAAUCAUCACCAUAAUCUAAUUUUAUAACAUUUCCUCCCCUUUAAGGGAUACUUUGUAUCCACCAGCAGUCACCUGCUACCACCCCACCGCAGCCCUAGGGGAUCAUUAACCUCUCUCUAUGUAUUUACCUCUCCCGGCUAUUUCAUAUCAAUGGAAUCAUAACAAUAUGUGGCCUUUUCUGUUUGGCUUCUUUCACUUAGCCCCAUGGUUUCAAGGUCUGUCCAUGUUGGAGCGUGCAUCAAUACUUCAUCCCUUUCUAUGAAAGAGUAAUAUUCCACCACAUGGAUAGACCACAUUUUGUAUCCAGUCGUCAACUGACAGGCAAUUGGGUUGUUUCUGCUCUUUAGCUAUUAUGAAUUAUGCUGCCAUGAGCAUUCAUAUAUAGAUUUUUGGGUGGAUGUAGGUUUUUCUCUCUCGUGCUUUAAUACCUGCAAGUGGAAUUGCUGGGUCAUGUGGUAACUUUAUGUCUAACAUUUUGAGGAACUAACAAACUUUUCUAAAGUGGCUGCAUUAUUUUGCAUUCUCACCUGCAGUGUAGGGUUCUAACUCUUCCCUAUCUUCCACAACCCUGGUCAUCAUCUUUUUCAUUAUAGCCAUCUUAAUGCCUGUGAAGUGGAAUCUCAUUUGUUUUCAUAUACAUUUCCCUGAUGAUUAGUGAUGUCCAGCGUGUGCUUAUAGGCUCUUUCUAUACCUUCUUUGAGGAAGUGUUUAGAUCCUUUACCCUUUUUAAAGUAGAAUGUUUUUCUUUUUAUCAUUGAGGUGUAUAAGUUCUUUAUGGAUUCUGGAUAUAAGUCCUUUAUUUUCCUUUUUUUUUAAGAUUUUAUUUAUUUAUUCAUGAGACACAGAGAGAAAGAGAGAGAGAGAGAGAGGCAGAGACACAGGCAGAGAGAGAAGCAGGCUCCAUGCAGGGAGCCCGACAUGGGACUCGAUCCCAGGUCUCCAGGAUUAGGCCCUGGGCUGAAGGCAGAUGCUCAACCACUGAGCCACCCAGGCGUCCCAAGUCCUUUAUUUUCCUAUUCUGUGAGUUGUUUUUUUUUUUUUUUUUCAUGGUGUCCUAGGAAGCACUGAAGUUUUUAAUUUUGAUGAAAUCCAACACAUCAAACCUCUCUUUAAUCACUUGUGCUUCGAUGUUGCAGCUAAGAAAUCUCCAAGGGAUUCUUGAGAAUCCUAAAGUUUGAGAACCAGAUGCCCCUUAAGACAGAUUUUAGCUAUUUUUAUUUUUUUUUCAUUUAAUUUAUUUAAAAAGUUGGCCCUGGUCCUAUAGUGGUGAAUAAGCCAGAUAGGGUUCCUGCUCUCAUGGAGUUUGUAUCUACCAAUGGUGGCAUACUAUAAGUAAGUAAAAAAAAAAUUAGAUAUGCUAUACAUUGAAAUAAAUUUUAUAUAGAAAAAGCAUAGGGAGCUCUGAGAGAGAGCAGAGGUUAGAGAACCUCUUUUGGACUGGUCAGGGAAGACUUCUUUGAGGAGGUGACACUGAAGGGUAAGGAGUCAACCUUUGAAGAGUGGGGGAAUAAUAUUUUAUGCAGAAGGGACAGCAUACUCACAGUUUUGCUUUGAUUAGUUUUAUGCAGACUACUGGAUUGGAAAAAUACUUUAUUUUCAAGAUGUCUUACCAUAUGCAGAUUCUUCAAACAGCAUUUAGGAUUCACUUGGACAAAGCCUCUCAUUAUCUUAGUCCAGAAAUCUUUGGGGGACUCCAAAAGGAAUUGCUUAUGACAGUGCCUUGGAAAAGGAGACUUACUAUGUAUCUCUCUUUUCUUGAAAACAAUUCUCACACAAAAUCCAUGUCAUGUUUUUCACACAACUACACAUGACUUAAGUGAAAUAACUGAUAACAAUUUUUCUAUCUUUUCUCUGCCUCCAAGUGACUACUGCUCACAGCUCAUUAUUAGCUCCAGAAGGAAAAAAAAAAAACCUUAAGAGAGCAAUUGAAAAAAUGCAUUUGUUGGCAGCAAUUUCUACCCUUGCAUGCACAGUAAGUUCUAAGCUUAUGAGCUAUGGGAAGAAAAACCUUUGUGAUAAAUAAUAUAUUUGAUAACGAGCAUCAGGGGAGCAAAGGCUUUCAGUUGAAGAGUUCAAAAUGAAAUAGAAGAAGUACGGGAAAGGUACCUUUUUACAUUAUGAGUGGAUAUGAAGGCACAAGAUCCAUAAUUGUUUUUCUUAUUCUCUCCGUGCCAGCCUAUUGUGUAUCUUCUCAGACCUUUCUUAAGUAACAAUUUUCAAAAGGUCUAGCUCUCAGCUCUCAGGCUCUAUGGCACCAGAUGUCUUACUUACAUUAUCUCAUUUUAUCUUUUUAAACGCAACUGAUAGGCAGGUAUGGGUAUGCCUAUUUUAUAUAUGAAUAAGAUGAGAUUCAGAAAGGUUAAAUAAAUAACUCCCUCCGGGUCACAAAGAUUAGCCAGUGCCACAGUCCAUGCUGAUUAAAACAAACAAAUAAACUAGGGACUUCAGAAUAAAAGUUUAAAAUAAUCUGCUUUAACACACUGCUUUAAGCUUCUUCAGCAUCUGGGUCUCUGGUGACCUAGCCUCUGAGAGGAGUUUCAGCUUCCGGUUUUGGACCAAAUAAAGCAUCCAUCCCAUAGGAAUAUUAAGGCAUCCAUUAACUUUUUUUUUUCCCUCCCCAUUAUUCCAUUUGUCCCUGAAGACAAGCUGGUGUUUGGGAAGUGCUAGACAGUAAAUUAUUGCUUUAAAUGGUGCUUCAGUGGCCUACUAACAAUAAGGAAGCAGCUCCCGCAGUCCCACCCGGUAGAUAAGGGAAUAAUUAAUGCUUUCAUCAAAGCAGAUGGAUUUCGGAGGAAUCUGGGUCCUGCCCUGGGCACAGCAUCAGUUUUCGCCGGAGUUCGGCGAACUGGGCUUUCUGAAUUCUGACCUGAGUCUUGCAGACCGGUUUUCUCUUUCGCUCUCCCUCCUUCCCUUAGGCAGUUCACCGCCGGUUUCAACUUUUCUUCCCCUUAUUUAGGCUGCAGCACAGAGGACGCCGGGGGCUAGGGGCCGGCCCAGAACGAGGGGAGACGACAGCAGAAAGGGAAGGGUUGUGUCUUCCGAAGUGGCGGCGCCGCGCUCUGCGGGCUGUCCUGAGGCUCCGGGGCCUUUCGGUUCGGAGCAGAGCGAGGAGCGCGGCACGGAGGAGUUGACACCCGCUCGCACGCCCGAGGGCUGUGGGCUCCUCGAGGGCUGGCUCCGCCGCUGCCCCCGGGCUCUCUCCGGGCCGCAGGCAGAUGUGCCCAGGCGCCGCGGGCCGAGCGAGAGGUGCGCGGUCACAGGCGGGGCAGGCGGCGCGCGGGGCGACAGCGAGGAUGGGGCCGUGCGGGGCCCCGGCGAGACUCCGAAAGUCCCUGUGUGGUGGGAGUAUCAGAGACGGAGGACUGUGUGGUCAGAGGGGCUGAGCUCUUUGUUUGGGUUCCACGGAAGGCAGAAUGGGCUGAACUGGAACUGACCUAAAUGUCCACCAAAGGAGCCGUCCAGCAUGCUUUGCACACCGCACGCCGAGGUGCCCUGACCAUGAGCCUGAACUCCUCCCUCGGCCACAGGAAGGAGCUGAGUAACCUCACGGAGGAGGAGGGUGGUGAAGGGGGCGCUGUCGUCACUGACUUCAUCACCAUCAUCAUCAUCACCAUUUUCGUCUGCCUGGGCAACCUGGUCAUCGCCGUCACCUUGUACAAGAAGUCGUACCUCCUCACCCUCAGCAACAAGUUCGUCUUCAGCCUGACCCUGUCCAACUUCCUGCUGUCCGUACUGGUGCUGCCUUUUGUGGCCACCAGCUCCAUUCGGAGGGAAUGGAUCUUUGGCGUGGUCUGGUGCAACUUCUCCGCCCUCCUCUACCUGCUGAUCAGCUCGGCCAGCAUGCUCACGCUCGGGGUCAUCGCUGUCGACCGCUACUAUGCUGUCCUGUACCCCAUGGUGUAUCCCAUGAAGAUCACGGGGAACCGAGCUGUGAUGGCGCUUGUAUAUAUAUGGCUUCACUCCCUCAUCGGCUGCCUGCCACCUCUGUUUGGUUGGUCGUCGGUGGAGUUUGACGAGUUCAAGUGGAUGUGUGUGGCUGCGUGGCACCGGGAGCCCGGCUAUACCGCCUUCUGGCAGAUCUGGUGUGCCCUGUUCCCCUUCCUGGUCAUGCUGGUGUGCUAUGGCUUCAUCUUCCGCGUGGCCAGGGUCAAGGCCCGCAAGGUGCACUGUGGCACUGUGGUCAUCGUGGAGGAGGACGCGCAGAGGAACGGGAGGAAGAACUCCAGCACCUCCACCUCCUCCUCCGGCAGCAGGAGGAAUGCCUUUCAGGGCGUGGUCUAUUCGGCCAACCAGUGUAAAGCCCUCAUCACCAUCCUGGUGGUCAUCGGGGCCUUCAUGGUCACCUGGGGCCCCUACAUGGUUGUCAUCACCUCCGAGGCCCUCUGGGGGAGGAACUACGUCUCCCCGGCCCUGGAGACCUGGGCCACGUGGCUGUCCUUUACCAGCGCCAUCUGCCACCCCCUGAUCUACGGGCUCUGGAACAAGACGGUUCGCAAGGAGCUGCUGGGCAUGUGCUUUGGGGAUCGGUACUACCGGGAGCCGUUCGUGCAGCGGCAGAGGACGUCCAGGCUCUUCAGCAUUUCCAACAGGAUCACAGACCUGGGCCUGUCCCCACACCUCACGGCUCUUAUGGCAGGCGGCCAGCCCCUGGGGAAUAGCAGCAGCACUGGGGACACUGGCUUCAGCUGCUCCCAGGACUCAGGAACAGAUGUGAUGCUGCUCGAGGACUACACGUCUGAUGACAACCCUCCCUCCCACGGCACUUGCCCCCCCAAGAGAAGGAGCUCCGUGACAUUUGAGGAUGAAGUGGAACAAAUCAAAGAUGCUGCCAGGAACCCUAUUCUUCACGUGAAAGCUGAAGUGCAUGAGUCCUUGGACAGUUAUGCAGCCAGCUUGGCCAAAGUCAUAGAGGCCGAAGCCAAAAUCAACCUGUUUGGGGAGGAGGCUCUUCCCGGGGUCCUGGCCACAGCACGGACUGUCCCAGGAGCUGGCUUUGGGGGACGCCGAGGCAGCAGGACUCUUGCGAGUCAGAGGUUGCAGCUGCAGAGCAUCGAGGAAGGGAACAUUUUAGCUGCAGAACAGAGAUGAAGGCCUCAGGGUGGACUGUCCCACAGAGGGGCGUCCGGGAAAGGAACAACAUCUAGGCUGUAGCCACCAGAAAAAACACUGAGUACAGUGUCUUGUGAGACCACACGUGUGCUCCUUGUGGGUCCUGGCAACAGGACUAGAGGCAUCUAAGGCACAGAGGCAAGCAGAUGAAGGCGUGGCCAUGACAUUUUGGAAGUGAGGCAUAGAAGGGGGACCCUGGCUUGGGAGGAAACCACCCUGUGGGUUACUUCCUCUCCCUUCAUGAUCUAGAAGUCCAGCUGAGCACUGUCCCAGAGGUCUCAGCAGUUAACCCUUCCCUGUGCACUUUGGAGGACAGAACUUCCUAACGAAGCAUGAUCAUCCCUUGGGCUUCUGCAUGGUUGAUGCAGGCCACGUGGAGUCAUCAGUUCUACACUGAAUGGUCCCCAGAGGAGAACCCGGAAGCAGAGCCCCUCAGAUGGAGUUCCUAACAUCUCUAUCCUGCUUAUGACCUCAAAAUCAGCAGAGUCACUUGCCGGUGCUGGCCACUAUCAGGCCACACAGCUGCUGUCAAUGAGGAUGGGGCCACCUUGACCACCUCCCUAUUGACUGAUUCUCCAGUAUUUCGAAAGAAGGGAGCAACCACUAUAAAAGACACAAGGAGGGAGCAAGUGCCAGAUAUUUCAUUUCUAGAAUUAAAAAGAUAAUCCCUUUGGUUAGUACACACCACAAUCUUCCCAAGCCUGACUGGGGCUGUGGUGCCCAGCAUAGCCGGGAAACAGGCUGUUCUUCAUGUAAGGAAACCUCAUCUGCUAGAUUGUUUGUGGUAUUUGACCAGUCAGAGUGGCUGGCUUCCAGGUACACUGGCAAGAAUCCCACUGCGGGCAACAGCGGCUGAUUCCCCAGCCCCAGGCAGUGUGAGACAGGAUGAAACAGAAAGAACGCUGGACUUGUGCUCUUGACCCAGUUCCUCUGCUUCCACUCUUCAGGACUUCCGGUCACCUCUCAAAGCCAUCCAGAAAGUGGGAUAAUGGGGUGGGAAGUUGGAGAAAAUGACUUCCGAGAUCAUUUCCAGCUGUCAUCUUCAAUGUCAGAGUCUGUAGGUGAGAGAGGUGGGGGGGAAGUGGACCCUUGGACCAACACCAGCACAGCUUUUGAGAUGGUUUCUGACGGGCAAAUGCAGCCCUGUGGGCACAGAGUGUGAACUCAGCCGUCCUGUGUCUAGCAGGGUCCUGACAGAAGGCUGACCUCCCAGAACCAGAAGUGAAGGAAGAGGUGGAAGUAGAGCUGCAGGAAUGUGAUUUGUAUGGUUAGAACUUGCUCGUCUCCCAUUUGAUUUGGGACGGCAGUUGAUGGGUGACCUGGCAGUAGUGCAGUGGUGACCUGGGAAGUCAGGGAAUCCCUCGCAUCUGCCCUUCCUGGAAAAUAAGCACAAAACAUUCCCCGCCUUUGGAAUUCUAGGUGGCCAGAAGAAGGCAGAUUCCGGGGAGAUCCAGCUGCAUCUGCUCCAAGGCAGCUACUCCAGACAGUACAUUCCCUCUGUGGUGGUUUCUUUGGGGCCUACCUGGCUCCUGGUGACCAGUCGUGGCAGCCAGUGACCAGCUGCUUACUAAAGCCUUUUCACUCAUCCUGGGGCUUGCUGCCUUUGUGUUGACUGAGGCCAUCAGCAGUGCUCCCAGGUCAGCUGGGUGCCGGCCACUGGUCUGGGUUCUGGAGAGGGCGGGGAGGAGCAGGUGGCUUUUCCAGAGGAGCAGAGAGCAGUUGCACCUGUGGGCUCUGCCUAUACGUGCAGGUCAGACAGAUUAUGCUACCACUACUGGGAGGCAUUCCUAAGUCUGCGGGCAUUUUAUGUUUUCUAUGUGUAUGUAUUUUUUUCCCUACACUCGUCUAGUAAAGGGGCCAUAUUCCUCAUCAA